UUUCAAAUUUCGCAAGUAUUCUCCAUGAUGAUGUUUCACCUCCUUGUGGGAGUCUCUGCGAUCGAAUCUGGAUUUUCGGCGUUUCUCCUCUACCAUUAAUGUACCUAUCGAAAUUGGUGCCAUUUUUAAUGCCCAGACACUAAAAAUUUCCUCCUCCCUCAACUUACUUUUAGCGCUUGGCGACGGACCAUUUUAUUUUGAACCUCGAACGCUGAUAUUUUUGUUAUUUUAUUUUGAACCUCGAACGUUGAUAUUUUUGUUAUUUUAUUUUGAACCUCGAACAUUAAUAUUUUUGUUAGUUAAUAAUGGUAAUUUGAAUGCCGUGAUCCGCGAUGGUUCAGGCUGGUGAGCAAAGUCCCAGGUUCGAGUGGCUGGAGGCUGCCGGCAUUUCUCACGAGCAGCUUGCUCGUGAGUGUGUGGAGCAGUUGUGUUACGGAGGACAGGAUGAAACUCUGGGGGGCAGUUUCGCCCCCCUCCCGCCCCCUCAAGAGGAGUCACAACGAUUGCUCGAGUGCCGCAAGUUCCUCCAAAAUGUUGCUUGUCGCAUCAUCGAGAACAAACUCACGCUGGAGCAGUGCACGGCGCUGGUGCAGGGGUCGGGGUUCACAGGAGGGUCGGCUCUGUACGCGGCGACCAGGGAGCGUCAGGCCGCCGUGCGCGAGGUGCUCGUGCGUCGCGCGCUGGCGCCUCUGCCCUGCCUGCUGGACUUUGACUGGAACGUCAAGCUCGCGGUGGCAAGCAGCAGCGUGGCAACACUGCAGGAGCCGCUCCUGAACCUCGUCCUGCGCACGACCUCAUCCUCUACAGGACCUCCUACAGGAACUACAUCCCAUCCUUCGACAACGUCCUCCUCAAAUGCAAGUGAAUUUCCCUCAUCUGCAGGAAAUUCUUGUAAUCUCGGCGCCGGCGAGAAUAUUUUUGCAGAGCUCAGUCUGGAGCAGGUUGAGGAGCUGAUAGCUGCACUCAAAAACGUCCAGUGCAAGAUGGUAAAAUGUACCUAAAUUAACCCAUGGCAAGACCGAAGUCGUCAUGGUUCGGUGUUAGGUGUACGGUGCCUAUUACAUUUGUAAAACAUUUUUUAUGUUUUUUACCAAAGAACUCGAUCUAUUCUAUUAUUCACGAUUUUUUUCAAAAAUACUAGGGAGAUAUUUAACGAUUUCUACAGGCAAAUCAAUGAAGAUGAUUUAGCAAUUCAAGUCCUAUUCAUACUUGUCUACCUUACUGAUGCCAUUAUACAAUGAGAAUAUCAUCCACAUUUGUUGAGUACAACGCGUAAAUAGUUGAUUAGAAUCAAUUUUUGGCAGCCACGUGAAUUUUAUGUUGUUUUGAGCUUCUAGCCCCGCAUAUACAUCAUUUCCUUCAUAUAGACUAUUAUUUAUUCUUGCGUAAUAUAAUGUUAUUAUCGUGUGUUUCUUCAAACAUUGUAAUAUAGUACAUAUAUUCUCAUAUUGUCGUGUUACUGGCCGCGUUCUGCACUUGCCUGUCAAACUUUAUCACCUUGGUGAAAAUUUUCCGAUCUCGAUUAGAAAAUCGAUUAUCUUGACAUCGAUGAGUGAUCUUGGUGUUCGAUUUAGAUUAUUCCAGUAUAUUCAAUGGUUAAGUUAUGCCGAUCAGUGCAGGUAUACAAUUUCGAUGCACGAGUAUAUUCGAAUUGUUUUAAUCAUUAUAUGCAAUCAAAUUUGAUGAUGAAUCGUCUUGGUGUGCAGUGAUCACUAACAUUGCAAUUGCGUUUUCAGCCAUGACGAUUAAGCCAGCCUCCUGUCCAAUAGACUUCUCAUUUUUUGGAUCAAUUUUACUUGUUUUUACCUGUAAGUUCUAUCAUUAAAUGAAAGCAUUAUUAACAAGUUCCUGAUUUAAUUUUAAUGUUCUACUCGCCUUAAACAUUAAGGCAGAUCUUCAAUCUUCAAUGCGGAUGCGACCACUGAAAUGGCCAAGAAAUUUGUCUGUGUUAGCUUCAAUUAUUAGUGGCAAUUCGCUUAUGGUCGACGAUCAACGAGAAAAAUAUGGUAGAUCUGAGUUCAGAAAUAGUAUGUUCGUCUCUACCCUCAUUAAAAUUAAUGGGGCAUAUUGUCUAAAUAUUGACACAAUUUCUUGCUCACAUGAACAUAGAGCGCAUGCGGCGGUGAUACGCAGCUUUGCCGCUCCUAACUGGCUCAUGAUGAUCAAUGCGUUUUGAUCUGUGGAGAAAUAUAGGUGACU